AUGUUACAAUCCUUCCUAAAGAUCUCAACUUUACUCUUGUGCUUGUGUAUCCAUACUCUCAGGGUGUCGACCAUAGGUACUUUAAGUGCUACGUGUCGCGCAGGAUUCACAAUAAACCAAGACGGUACUGCACUAUGCAAGGAUAAUGAUGAUUCUAAGGUGGUUAACUAUAAUUGCCCUCAUUCAAGAUGCUGGUGUCAAAAUAAUCAAUGGAGUCCAUUCUCUGGCUGUCGAUUGAAAAGAAACAAAGCCGGCCCAAGUAAUCAACACUGCGCUCAGUAUGAUUUCAUUUCAGGCCAUACUUUCAGUUGUAAAAACCCCGCGGGCAUAGAUUAUAUAUGUGUUCCUUCUCCCAGUGAUCAACCUCCUCCCAUGGCUUGCGACACUUGUAGCAGGCAGAAUUAG